GCUGUCUUCUCCAACUGUGCGUUUGCGGUGGACGUGACGCUCAGGCAGAGGUGGGCAGACAGACGGGAUCUCCCUGUUUCCAUCUGCAGUCAUCCUCCCACCUCCAUUAGCUGCCCAGACUGACCUGCAGCGACAAGCGAGCACACCAUGUAUCUCUGCAGAAUCGCCUGGCACAACCUAGUGCCCUUGGCAAGGAUCCCGCCCCCCUCCUUAUUAAUCAGGAACGUGUACAGAAAUGCAUCCAUUCGCCAGAUGUCUUCUCAUGGUCCUCCAGGAUCAUCAAGUGAGAGCAUGCUGUACACACUAAUGGUCGGUGCUGUGAUUGCAGGAUCAAGUGUUUAUACAUAUAAAGUUCUCCACAAGGACAAAGCCAGGUACAAUGAGAGAGUUGCGGAGAUAAUGGGACGCCCAAAGGGUGAAUGGACAGCAAAGGAAUGGCAACCAAAGCAGAAAAAUGAAUCGGAUGAAGUCCAGUCUCCUGACGUUGUUGCAACUAGCGAAGAGGCCUCGGAGUCAGCAACAGAAGAGGUCAAAAUCCCUGUAGCUGCAAGUAUUGAGCAAGCUGAAAAUCCUGCAUUGGUUGUAGAACCCAGUGAGAGUCCAUUGGAAGGCGAGGUUGCUGCGGAAGAGGCACUGAUGGAAGUUCUGACCCCGCCUGCUUCAGUCAAAGAACCAGAUGAUGUCCAGUCUCUUGAGGUGGUUGGAGCUUCUGAAGAGGCCACAGCAUCAGGAACGGAAGAAGCCAAAGUCCCCACAGCAGACAGCAUCGAGCAACCUAAUAGCCCUUCAACAAUUGUAGAACCCACAGAGAUCCGACUGGAGCAGGAGACCAACACAUCAGCUGCAGACCAAAAGGAUGAGUUACAAUCUAAUCAAAUCAAAGGUUAAACAAUCCUUCUUGGAAUGAAUUUUAUAACUAAGUUGAAGUAAAUGGUGAUCCUGGGUUAUUUAAAUAUCCAUCUCACUUCGUCCUCACUCCUUCUGACUUUACAGCUCAUUUGUUCUCCCUCAACGUUUUCCUCCAUAUAAAUACUCCUUUCCCUGGCUACUCCUUUGACCUUAUCUUCACACAUAGUCUAUCCAUUCUCCUCAUCUGAAUCACAUGCAUGACUGCCUCUCUACAGUUUCCUUUAAUCCUGCGACUCCUCGCAGUCCCCCUUCUAACCCCAAUGUUUGUCUUUGGACACUUUUACAAGUCACAGCCAGAUUCAUUUUCAAAUAUCAGCCAUUGAGCAUUUAGCCUUCCAUCUUCCAGAGCACUUCUGCAGCUUUCAAAUUGCCCAGCAAGCCUUCAUCUCAGUUUUUGGAGCUGUAGUUCAUGCCAAAUCAUGCAUUCCCUCCUACAUUGGUUGUUUCCUUUAGUAGCCCUUAUCUUCACUUCCUUAAGUUCAAGGGGUGCAGAUUUGAGUGCACAUGAUACGAUAGAAGGGUCAGCUAUUUAUCACAGCUAUUAGUUAUUUAGCUCUUUGCCAAAACUCUGCAAGGCUCCAACAACAAGGUAUUUAAGUAUUACCUUUCAGUUGAAAAGAUUCCAAGGAGAUACAGUGUUACCAAACAAAAUUUCUCACUGAACCACACCAGGAGAUAUGGGGCAGAUGACCAAACUUUGGUUCGAAAAUAGUUAAAUGUCUUAAAGUCCAAAGUUGUGCAGGUUAGGUGGGUUAGCCAUAGGAAAUACAGGGUUACAGGGAGAGGGUAGUGGGGGUGAGAUGUUCUUCAGAGGAGUGCUGUGGACUUGAUGGGCCAAAUGGCCUGUGUCCAUACUGUAUGAAUUCUAUGGUUCAAGGGGAAACAACAGAGUUUGGAGAGGCUAAGGAAAGCUUGAAGUAGAGAGCAGCAGAUGUUUUGGAGAAUGUUUGAGCAGGUGGAGAUUAUUAAUGAUUAGUGGGGGAGGGGGAGGAGAGGUGGAGCUCCCUGCCACUAACUCUAUUUCCUUCCUUAAAACCCUCUUUAAAAUGUUUUUCUUUGAUGGAGCUUUCUCACAUAUCCUAAUAAUGCCUUCUUUAGCUUGAUGUCAGCUUUUGACUUCUUAUUUUACUGUGAAAUAUUGUGGUUAUCCUAAUCUGCAGCUGCUAUAUAUAUAUAUAUUCACAUUGUUGUAUCCUAUAUCAUAGUUUGCAACUGCUAUUCAUCAAAGAAAAGCCUUCUCAUAGAAUAUCUGAUAAGCGCGAGGUGGGAUAAUCUGACCACCUUAGUCGAAAACAUUGACUGAAAAAGUUGAACAAUGCUCAAAGUCACCAGGAGUCCAAGUGUGAUUGUAUUGUAAAGAAUUGUAAACAACCAGAAUGGUCUGAGGAUGUUUAUUCCAGUUUUAAUGGGACACAUUUAUUAUUGGGCUCAUUGGGAGCUUCUUCUGCUAUGAUGAACAAACAUAAUAUAUAAUUCUAAAUUAUGUAUCUUAAUAAGUAUCAGAUUUACUAUAUUAAACUCUUAGUUCUACUGCCUCAUA